CAACUCAACUGUCAUUUUCUCACACAUACUUCACACGAAACAAACAACAUUUCACUUCCAUAUACCUCUUUCUCUUUCUCUUUCUCUCUGUUUACAGUUUCUCUUUUAAAUCUCAAAUCUCUUCUCUGCACUGCAACAAAUCAAACACCUUUAGAAUAUCCAUUCACUCACCUUUUUCUUCCACAUCAAAACACCCUCUCAUUCAUGUUCCUCAUCCUUCAAAAUUUUCUUAGCACAACAAAAGGAAAUUGAGCUAGGAGAAACAACAACUUCGAAGAAGAAGAGAAGAGAAAAGAAGGAGAAGGAGAAGAAGUACUUACCACAAUAUUACAGAUAUUUGUUAUACACACAUAGUUAUAGAUAGAUAGAUAGAUAGAUAGAUAGAGAGUUUGUCCUUUGAAAAGAUGGAACUAUUCCCAGUACAGCCAGAUUUGUCCUUGAAAAUUAACCCUCCAAACACCAAACCCACAUCAAGUAAUUGGAACAAGAGAAGCACAGAAGAUGAGAUGGAUUUGGGGUUUUGGAAGAGAGCUUUGGAAUCAAAAACAGUCAAAACAGACCUCUCCCUCUCUAAUCCAAGGGCUUUUUCUUCUUCUUCUUCUUCUUGUUCUUCAAACACCAACACCCCUAACCCCAACCCAAUCCUUAUCCAUCAUCACUUCCAAAACAACACUGCUAAUACUAACAAACACAACCCCAUCCAACAAAACCAUUUCUUUCACCACCAAGACCUAGGUUUUCUCAGACCCAUAAGAGGAAUCCCACUCUACCAAAACCCUCCUUUCUCAUUUCCUCCCACUUCUUCAACCCCUUUCCUUAACCCAGCCUUCCUCUCACGCUUCCCUCCCAAGCGUAACAUCAGGGCUCCCAGGAUGCGUUGGACCACUGCACUCCAUGCUCGCUUCGUCCAUGUCGUUCAACUUUUGGGUGGCCAUGAAAGGGCUACACCCAAAUCAGUUCUCGAGCUAAUGGAUGUAAAGGAUCUCACUUUAGCCCAUGUUAAAUCUCACUUGCAGAUGUACCGAACAGUGAAAACUACUGAUAGAGCUGCGGCAUCAUCGGGGCAAUCUGAUACUUAUGACAAUGGGUCUUCUGGAGAUACUUCUGAAGACUUGGUGUUUGAUAGAAACUCUCCAAGGAGGUCUGAUCUAUCCAUUAGGCAGGCAAGAACAAGUGUUAAUCAAGAUAUUGGAAAUGGUGGCCUUUGGAACAACUCUUCAAGCAGGCAAGCCUUCUUGCAUGGGAAGCCAAACCUUGAUUCCAUUGGGAACGUGCCUUCUGCUGAGGGAAUGGACCCAAAGGGCCAAAGCAAUGAAAUAUCAGAUGGAAACUCAUCCUCAGACAUUGCAGAAUCAAGUGGCAAGAAGCUAAAUUUGGAUUUGGAGUUCACCUUAGGUCGAUCACUUUGAGGUCUCUCUGGUGAAUAAUGCUAUAUUCAUUUUGAAAUAUAUAAAUCAUUAUUAUAUAUAUAUAUGUGUCUAGAAUCACAAGAGCUAUAGAUAGCAGGAAUAAGAAUCAGGUACCCGCAAAGAAAAUGAGAGAAAAAGAAAGCUGAAAAGAAUAGAAAAGAAAGGAUUAAAAAAAGUAAAAGUAGCUAAAGAAAGACAAGGAGACAAGAAAGACAGAAAGAAAGCAACAAAGAAGAGGGUGGGAAAGAAAAGCAUGUCCUUCCAAUCAAAGCUCUUUGUGAUAUUCAAAUAUAUAUUAAUUUCUCAGUAAGUAUAUUAAUUCUAAUUUAUUAUUGUAUAUUUGCAAUCUGACAAACGAAUGUGCAGAAAAAGAGAGCUUUAGAUAUCUUAAAGUAUGAAAUGAUACUUGAUAAUUGCAACA